AUGACGACGGCUGAAAAGCUGGGGCUUCCGAUGUAUGAUAUGUCCUGUGUUUCCAAGAUGAAAUUCGCGCAGUCGGCGGCGCACACAACCUGCGCUGAUGGAUACUGCGCGACUUCGAAGAUGGUAGGAAGCUGCAGCCAGUUGCCAUCUGACAGUAACAGUGGAUACAACGAGAUACACGAGGCCGCGGGGGCGGCGGGCGCGGCGGGCGCGGCCGGGCAAUCGACUACGGCGGCGCAGCACGCGCGGCCGGCUGCUGGCAGCACUCCCCGGCCGGCCGCUGACGAUGCAGCGUCAUAUAUUCAGGUUGUGGUAGAGAAAUACCGACAACAGCGGAGACCAGCGGCGGCGGAUGCCGGGCCGCGCUUGCCCACCGCUUCCAGUCCUCGUCCUGGGCCUCUUGAGGGAGACGGACGCCCGGACUGUGGAAGCGGAGCUGUGUACAUACUGCCGGCAGCGUUGUGCGCGCCGCUAGCGUUCAGUCGCCCUGACGGACCUGUCGCUGCAGUCGCUGCCACGCACGCGUGCCCGCCGCUCGUGCAAUUGUGGCGUGAUAAUGACCCCGGGGUGCGGCCAGCUUGGAACUUCAUGGGCCGAGGUGACGCGGAGGGCGCGGGCGGCGACACUACUACUGGAGCCGCCGCCCUACUGGAGGACGAUAAGCCGGACCCACACCUCACCGCCGGACCUCAGCAAAAAUAUAAAAUAUCAGAUUGGAGUGAUCUCAAGCAAUUUGGAAAUGAACAAGUCAAUUCAAAAGACUGCAGCCCGGAGCGCGUGGAGGUGUACUACUUCGAGCGCGGCGGCGCCGAGUACCUGCGCACGAGCGGCGGCGCGCGCGCGGCGCGGCUGGAGGCGGGCGCGCGCCGCGCCGGCCGCCGCGCCGCCGAGCUGCUCGCCGAGCCGCUCGCCGCCGCGCGCCUGCUGCUCGCCGCGCCGCUCGCGCUGCUGCUGCAUAUCGAAAGGUGCCCGCCGCAACACGUCUAUGUCGAUACGCUCGCCUCUGACAACCAGUAUCUAUACUAUCUCACAAGCCAUUCCGCCGCGACUCGCAGGUGUGUGCUGAUAACGUUGCGCGGCGCGGUGACGGGCUGCGUGCAGACGGCGUCGGACUACGCGCUGAAGCCGGCGUUGGCGCUAGCCUUUAACGCGGUGCUGCACCCGCCGCUCGUGUUCGCCGCCAACGUGCUGCGCGCCGGGCGCGAGGCGCUGCGGCCGGGCGCGCUGGCGGCGCAGGACGCGCUGGCCCCGCUGGCGCGGCUGCUGGGCGCGCUGCGCCUCGUGCACGUGCACGUGCACGCCGCGCCCGCGCCGCCCGCCGCCGGCCCCGCGCUCUGCGGCUGCGCAUGUGCAGGCCAGGCCAGCCAGGCCAGGCCAGGGCCAGGAUUACUCGAAUGCCAAUGGGGGAACAAGGUGAAUUGA